AGAGUGUCUCUCGCCCCAUUUCACAUCUGACUCUUGCUUUGAGGAUCACACACACACACACAGAGAGACGAUGACUCGGGUUUCAGCUAGCGUGAUCGUGCUGAUGGUUGUGGCUCUCAGUGUACUCUGUACAGAUGCCUCACCUUUUUCGUGUUGCAGAAAGUACACCAAAGGAAUGAUCCCAAUGAAAUUUAUCAAAGGAUAUUCCAUUCAGACCAUCACAAGAAACUGCCACAUUGAUGCUGUAAUAUUCCACACAAACAAAGGCAAGAACAUUUGCACAGACCCCUCCAAAGUCUGGGUGAUGGAGAACAUCCGUAAACUGAGGGAGAAAGUGCAAGCAAUCAGCAAAAAACAUUCAAGAACCUAAUCUGACCACAUCUGAAGCUAAACAGAUGUUACUACAAGAAUAACUCUUCAUGGAGAAGGAUCUAUUUUUCUUUAUGAAAUCUGCAUAUGUACUCUGCAUAUUUGUAUAUGCAUGUUAUUUUAUACUAUUUGCUUGCUUGUUUUAUUCAAUGCAUUAAAAUAAUUUUUUUAAGUAAAUUGAAAA